GCCGAAAAAUCCAUGGCGGUGCCGUGCGAACGCUCUGCCCAAAUCCACGCCUUCGCUCGCUUCCUUCUCUCCAACCACUCGCCCGAGCUCCGCUCCAUCCUCCUCUCCCCCGAUCCCAUCCUCCAUUACUCCCUCACCAUCUCCUUUGCCUUCCUCCUUGACUCUGAUCCAUCCCUCGCUGUCCUCCUCUCCUCCCAGCCCUCCCCCCUCCUCCCCCUCUUCGAUCACGCCGCUCGCCUCUCCCAGGGUAUUGUGCUGGAUGGAUCAAAGGAUCUGGUUGAUGAGGGAGCAAGCGUCAAGGAGUUUGUGCAUGUUAGGGUUGAUGUAUGUGGCUCGCCUCUUGAGUUUCCAGAGAUGUUUCCGAGUAUUGGGAGGGUGAGAGUGAAGCAUAGAGGCGUGCUUUUGACGCUUAAGGGGACGGUGAUACGGUCUGGGUCGGUGAAGAUGAUUGAAGGGGAAAGGGAGUAUGAGUGUAGAAGGUGCCGGCACAGGUUCAAAGUUUACCCAGAGUUAGAAACUGGAAACACAAUAAGACUGCCGACUUCUUGCCCAUCGAAGGGGUCUAAAAGUUGUGAGGGAACAAAUUUUCAGUUUGUAUCUGACAGUAUAAUUUGUCAUGAUUAUCAAGAGAUUAAAAUACAAGAAAGCACACAAGUUUUGGCUGUGGGAUCAAUUCCUCGUUCAAUUCCUGUUAUCUUAAUGGAUGACCUUGUUGACGUUGUUAAAGCUGGAGAUGACAUCAUAGUUACGGGUGUUCUAACAGCAAAAUGGUCUGCAGACUUAAAGGAUGUUCGUUGUGACCUUGAUCCUAUGUUAAUUGCUAAUCAUGUGAGGCGGACCAAUGAACUGAAAUCAGAAAUCGACAUUCCCAAUGACGUGAUAAAAAAGUUUGAACAGUUCUGGUCUGCCUUCAAGGAUGCUCCUUUGAAGGGGAGAAAUGCCAUACUUAAAGGAAUUUGCCCUCAGGUUUUUGGCCUUUUCACAGUGAAGCUUGCUGUUGCCUUAACGCUGAUUGGUGGUGUACAACAUGCUGAUGUUUCUGGGAUGAAGGUUCGUGGAGAAUCACACCUUCUUCUUGUUGGUGAUCCAGGUACCGGCAAAUCUCAAUUUUUGAAGUUUGCUGCCAAAUUAAGCAAUAGGUCUGUGAUCACUACUGGGUUGGGGAGCACCAGUGCAGGUUUAACUGUCACUGCUGUUAAGGAUGGAGGUGAAUGGAUGCUAGAGGCUGGGGCACUUGUUUUGGCUGAUGGAGGACUUUGUUGCAUAGAUGAAUUUGAUAGCAUGCGGGAACAUGAUAGGGCAACUAUCCAUGAAGCGAUGGAGCAACAAACAAUAAGUGUUGCUAAGGUGAACUUCACAGAGAAGGGGACAGGUCGGAGACUUGGGACUGGCACGUGGCAUAGAGGAUUGUGGUACAUGGACAGAGAGGGGAUGGAUUCAGCGUUGAGAUCUUUGGUAGAGGGGGCAGGAGUAGGAGUGUCUGGGAUGACUGUAAAGGUGUUUCUACUGCAUCAUCGGCGUAUGGGACACAUUUCAUUGUUUGUUUUGAGUCGGUUGUACCCUUCAUUGUAUGAAAGGGCAAAUAAAGAAAAGUUAGUUUGUGAUGCUUGUGAGUUUGGAAAACAUACCAGAAGCUCUUAUCAUAGCUCUGGGAAUAAGAGUUCUAGGGUUUUUAAUCUUAUUCACUCUGAUGUGUGGAGGCCUUGUCUGGCAAAUACAAUUAAUGGGGAUACAUCAUCAGACUACUUGUCCAUAUACACUGGCACAGAAUGGGGUAGCAGAACGGAAGAACAAACACCUUCUAGAGGUAGCCCGGUGUAUGAUGAUAUCGAUGAAUGUCCCAAAUUAUCUAUGGGGGCACGCGGUCUUGACAGCUGCUCAGCUGAUCAACAGGAUGCCCUCGAGAAUAUUGGAUUGGAAGUCUCUCUGUGA